AUGAAGGAAAAAUCAAGCAGCGUUAGUUACACUGAGUGGUUCCUUUCAAAGGAUCAACUGCAAGUGGGUGACACGGUGCGUUCCAGAAAGCUGCCUAACUCCUGUAAACCUGAAAACAUGCAUAUUCCCGAAGGCAAAAUAGUGGGUGCCGAAUGUGACACAGACCAACAUGGGUUUGUUUUGGUGAGAGUCCAUGGCAUCCAUGACCUACUGAGGGUUCAUGUUUCAACACUGGAACGGAUAACUUUUGGCUUGGCAACUGGUGAUUGGGUGCGCUUGCAGAAAGAAUAUAAGAAACACUCACCAGUAGGUAUUCUUCAUUCCAUCACUCGUGAUGGUAAUGUAGCUGUUGGAUUUAUAGGGUUGGAAACUCUCUGGACAGGGAAUUCUUCAGAGUUUCAGAUGGCAGAAUCCUACUGUGUCGGUCAGUUUGUCAGGCUGAAAGCUAAUUUCCCGGGAAUGCUGACCUUUAGGGAAGACAACUCGACCUUUGUAGCUAAUCCUGCUGAAGUGGAAUUGGCUACGUUUGAUAGUUGUCCAGUAAUCGUGAAGAAGUAUACCAGCAUCUUUGAGGAUUUUCAUCUGGCAGUGAGACCACUUUUGGGUGCAUUGGGCAUAUCUACAGCCAUGAAACCAGGCAUUUUCGUUGGAACAAAGAUGGGGAGGUCCAGGGUGAAGAAACGACAGAGCAUCCUUUUCAGCAUACCGAUGGUCAGAAUACUGGAAACCCGGCAUGGAUUCCUCCUAAUAUGA